AUGUACAACAUGAUGGAAACCGAGAUCAAGAGCCCUCUCCCGCAGUCCGGCUCGGCACAGGGCGCAAAGAACAACAGUGCCAGCGACCAGGAGCGGGUGAAGCGGCCCAUGAACGCCUUCAUGGUGUGGUCCCGGGGCCAGCGCAGGAAGAUGGCCCAGGAGAACCCCAAGAUGCACAACUCCGAAAUCAGCAAGCGACUCGGCGCCGACUGGAAACUUCUGACCGACGCUGAGAAGAGGCCGUUCAUCGACGAGGCCAAGCGGCUCCGCGCCAUGCACAUGAAGGAGCAUCCGGAUUACAAAUACCGUCCCCGCAGGAAGACCAAGACCCUGCUGAAGAAAGACAAGUACUCUUUGCCCGGGGGUCUGCUGCCACCGGGGGCCAACGUGGUCAACAACGCGGUGGUGGGCCAGAGGAUGGACGGCUACGCGCACAUGAACGGCUGGACGAACAGCGCGUACUCCCUGAUGCAGGACCAGCUGUCCUACCCGCAGCACCACAGCAUGAACAGCCCGCAGAUCCAGCAGAUGCACCGGUACGAGAUGGCCGGGCUCCAGUACCCGAUGAUGUCCUCGGCGCAGUCCUACAUGAACGCGGCCUCCACGUACGGCAUGUCCCCGGCGUACACGCAGCAAUCCGGCAACAUGGGCCUGAGCUCCAUGGCGUCCGUGUGCAAGACCGAGCCCAGCUCCCCUCCGCCGGCCAUCACGUCCCACUCCCAGCGGGCCUGCUUGGGGGACCUGAGGGACAUGAUCAGCAUGUACCUGCCGCCGGGCGGGGACAGCUCUGCGGAGCACUCCUCCCUCCAGAGCAGCCGGUUACACAGCGUGCACCCGCACUACCAGAGCGCGGGCACCGGCGUCAACGGGACGCUACCUCUCACCCACAUCUGA